UUAAAAACACUAAAGAUAAAAAAAAAUGUUGGAGCUGCAGUGUCGCUGAGGAUGGCAGGUCCACAUUCCAGGGGGUCGUGCUCAAUAACCCUUGAAAUGGUGCGGUUCGCGGUGGAGGAGCUGGAGAAGAGGCGGGCGUUGGUCAGUUCGAAAAUGAUAGCCGAUCAUUUGAGACGAUUGUAUCCAAUUGAGCAGAAUCCAGAGGAACUGAAGAUUGAGUUGAAGGACAAGCUCGAUCAUGCUGUCUCAAUUGGCAUGCUGUCGAGAUGUAGGAAGGAUGCGUAUUGCAGUUCGACUUUUAGACAGGAGGCUUACAACUAUAAGACGGAUUUUUCGUCCUUCUGGGAGAGAUAUUACAGAAAAAGACCCGGACGUCGCCUGAGAUCCACAAGACUGGUCGGCAGGAGAAGAACCCCCUCCACCCACUGUCCAGAAUCCAGCGAGGACGACAGCGAUUCUGAUUCCUGCUGAAGUCCCUCAAAACGAAACCCCAAAAAACCCUCACCAUUUCAAAAUUGAAAUUCCCCGGAAGUUACUUCCAGCUGAUAACCGAGAGACCGCCCUGUCCACCUGCCAGUAGAAAUCGAUCCCCACGCGAUCUCCAUACGUCAGAAUGAAUUUAAAUCCAUCUGCCCCAAUAAUUUUGUACAAUAAAACGUCAAUGGGCUCUUGCAACACCGACCUGUUUCACUCCAUAAAUUUGUAAUUCAAAUCCCCCAUCCGCUACU